AAAUCCAAAAAGUGAAUUUUAAAGCCUCGCAUUGAAAAUGUCCAUGAGAGUCCGCCAGCGCUGACUACUGAACCUGAAAUGGCAGAAGUCUCGAAAAAUAUCUUCUUCCCAAACACCAUUUUCAACCUAAACCCAACACCUAUUUAAUAUUCCGAUCACCGAAUAACAUCUCCGGCUGCCGGAACCCUACCCAAUUUCCCAAUCUUCACACAGUAAUUCCCAAAACUGCCCUUCUGCGCAACUUUUCAUUUUCCCAUGGAUUUGGCAGAGAAUCAGGAGAAGGUAGAAGAGAAGAAAAAGGAGGAGAUUCGUGAGCCCACACGGUUGCGCAGAUUGUUGGGGAUUCUUUUCUUUUUGUUUGCCUUCUUUUCACUCUCAUUUUCGCUGCUUUAUUUAGCUGUUUUUCUAGGGAACCUAUCCAUUUCCAGUCCAAUUUCUCUUCCCUCUCAAUGCAAGAUUGUCUCUAGCAGUGUGGAUCUUAGGUCAUCUAAAGUCUGUGAACUGGGUUUAUUGAAUUAUAAAGCAAAGCAUGUUCUUUACCCUUCUGAAAGAAAGAAGUUUCGAUGUCGUUAUGAUUACUAUUGGGCUUCUGUAUUUAAGGUUGAAUACAUGGAUCAUUCAGGUCAGGCACGACUUGCAUUAGCAGAGGCACCUAAUGAGGCCCUUCCAUCUGAUUGUAGACCAAACUUCUCUACUGCAUGGUUGACAAAGGAUAAAUUCAAGGUAAACAAGACUUAUGAGUGUUGGUAUACAUUGGGAAUAUCUAAAGUGCACAUAUAUGAAGAUGGCUUUUUUGAUUGCCAAGCAAAAGAUCCAUCAACUAUUGAGAUGUUUAUUCGCUAUUUAAUCUUGUUCAUGAGGAUAUUAAAGUCUUGGUAUGUUAGCGGGGCUUCAGCCUGGCACUGGAGAUGGGAAGCUGUAGCUGGAGUUAUUGCUGGUUUCUGUACUUCCAUGAUAUCAAUCGUUUUUUUUGCACUCUUACAAAGGUUGAUCUCUCGCAUCUAUCAACUUUCUGUGACAAGAAGGCUUACUCUGUCUCUCAAUAAAGUCCGGUUAAAGAGAGUUUGUUUCCUGCUAGCUUACGUGUCAUUUAGUAGUUGGUUGGCCAUUCAAUAUUUCAGAAGGAUCGGCCUCCCUGAAAUUGCAGUUCACUAUAGCAUGUAGCACUCAUUUUUGUAGUAGUGCAGGAGCAGGUUGAUCGGCAGUUCAAUUGGAAAUGCAAUAUCCUUGUACCAGUAGACACAGUUUUCACAUAGUGUUUCUAUCAUAUUGUUGUAUUGUAAUUCCUUGUGUACAGAACAAACUGCAGGAAUAAAUACUUGUAAAGAGUUAUCCCCGAGCAAUAUAUUGUGCACGCUUGAAUGAAGUCAAUACUGUAGUUCUCAGGAUGACAUGCGCCUUAACUCACACAUCACGUGUUGGGCUCUUACUACUAAACCAGAGCCCUCGAACAGAAGUAUCAGCAUAUUGUCAGUUACUAUCCGUGGGAGUUUUAUGACUUUGUUGUGAUACUUGUUAAAGUAUUAGUUAUGGCUGUACUGAAUCGUCUUUUCUGUGCUAGAGCUUUGCAUCUUUUGCUUCA